UCCGAGCGGGAGGGGAGCGGAGACCCUCCGCCCGCCCGCGCUCCGCCAGCGCCUGUUAAUUGCCGGCUAUUAGCCGCUCUAGUUUGCUAAUGAAGGUUUACAAUUAGCCACCCGGUAAUUCUGCCGGUUCCCGAGGCGCGGCGUGGAUCGGCGGCCUCAGCAGGGCCGUGACCUGACCCCCUCUCACCCCGGGGCUGGGCUGGGAGCCGCGGUGACCGGCGUGACGCCGGGCAUGGGUGGUGCCCGACUCCCGUGGCAACGCGCUCCGGCUUGUCCCAAACAGCUGCCAAGCCAUGGGCACGUACGGACACCUCACCUUCCUCCUCCUCCUCCUCCAUGCCCCAGGGACCUUUGUAAAGUCGGCAGGUAAGAGCGGCGGGGCCACCCGUACCCCCAUGGGGACAGGACCCAGUUCCCUGACACAGCCGUGCGAGCUGCUGGUGGCAGCGGCCACACGAGGCCAAUCCUGGGGUGUCCCGCCAGCCCUGCCCGACCUGCCGCGCAUAGUGACACUGAGUGAGGACGCUGCACCGGGCGCCCGCGUGGCCGAGGUGGCUGCGUCCUGCAGCAAUGCCAGCAGCAGCCCCCAAGUCACGCUGCAGCGCGUCGAGUCCUCUGUCCCCGUGGGCUCCAAUGUCACCCCACGCAACGCCGAUCCCAGCCACCCCUUCAACCCCGUUGCGAUCAGUGCCGAUGGCGUGCCUGCUUCCUCAUUUAGGGCGGAGGUGACGCUGCGUGCCGGCGCAGAGCUCGAUGCCCACCGGGUGAACUGGUACGCGCUGGUGCUGCGCGCUGCCUGUCCUGGCGAGCAGGAGGUGACGGGGCAGCUGUUUGUGCGGGUGACAUCGGGGCAGGCGCUGCGCUGUGGCUUCCCGUUUGCCAGCACUGGUGGCGACGUGGUGCGGGUGUCAGCAGGCGUGGCACCCCGUGCGCCCCUGUAUGCGGUGCAGGCGCAGCCACCGGGUGGGCUGAUGUUCCAGCUCAGAAAUAGUGGCACGCCACUCACGCUGACCCAUCAGGGCCUGGUGCUGGCGCCUGAUGGUGGCUUCAGCCCCAGCAAGGACACCCAGACGUUCAGGCUGGAGAUAGAGGUGAUGGAUCUGCAUGGGCAGAACUGCAGUGGGGUCGUGACGGUGGAAGUGCUGCCAUCGCGCCAUCCCCGUGUCACCAUCCUUGCUCCGCAGCAGGACGUGGUGGUGCCGGAGGGCAUUGGCCCCUUGGUAGUGGUCACGCAGGUCCGUGCCAGCGGGGCCAACAUCCGCUACGCCAUCCUUGCUCCCACGUCACCAGUGCUCUUCACCAUCGAUGAAAUGACGGGUGAGAUCCGCAGCACGCGUCGGCUGGAGGUGGCCGGUGCACAGCUCCUCAUCCAGGCAUACAACGCGCUGCAGCCCUCUGACCAGGACACCAUCGUGCUCAAUGUCACCGUGAGGGGGACAGACCAGCAGGCACCAUCCUGUGUGCCAGCCCUCUAUGUGUCCCAGGUGCGUGAGACCUUGUCCCCUGGCAGCACGCUGGUGACAAUGAGGUGCACUGACCCUGCUGGCGAUGACGGGUCCCUGCAUUACAUGCUGGAGGGGCCACCAGGCUCUCGUUCCCACUUCCACAUGGAGGGGCCACAGCUGAAGGUCAACACCACUCUGGACUAUGACACCGAGGCAAUGGCUGCUAUGGGCUUCCAGCUGAAGGCCACCAUCGUGGUGACAGCCGGGGGACAGCCUCUGAGGAGCACCCGCAUACCCGUGCUCGUGACAGUGAUACCCGUCAACGAAUUCACACCGGAGUGCCCCAAUGGCAUCAUCUUCACCGUGUCAGAGACAGCACCUUUUGGCAGCAUCGUGGGGCGCGUGGUUGGCACUGACCGUGACCGCCCACCGGACAGCCUCGAGUACAGCCUGGAGGGGGGCACUGGCCCUGCACAGCCCUUCUCCAUCGAUGCACGCACCGGUGAGAUCCGUGUGGUGGGGCCCCUCGCCCCCCCGCGGCGCGCUGGCUACCGGCUGACGGUGCGGCUGACGGACACCCACAAUGAUCUGGACCCAUUGAACCGGAGGAGCCGCCUGUGUGAUGUGGCCGUGCGCCUGCAGGCCAUGCCUCAACGGGCACCACUGUGCAACCCGGAGGUGCAGGAGCUGAGAAUCACAGCUGGGACAGGCAGCCGGCAGCCUGUCACCCACCUGGUGUGCAGUGGGGACCCAGAGGGCACCACGCUGUCCUAUGCCAUUGUCGGAGGCAAUGAGGAUGGGCACUUUCGGCAGGAGGGGAGCAUGCUAUCCUACAUCCCCACCGGCCUGGCUGAGCCCCGCACGUUCGUGCUGCUGGUGGAGGUGUGGGGCAGCAGUGGGUCCCCACGCCGCAGCACCGUGCUGGCACUGGUGGUGCACGUCACACCCCGCAGCACCCCAGUGCCACCCAGCACCACCACCUUGCACACGACGCUGCAGAAGGAGCCACUGGUGGUCAGGCGGACGGUGCUGACUUGGCUCCCACCAGCUUGGUUUGUGGCAGUGCUGACUGCAACCAGCGCCCUGUUCCUGGCCAGCCUGUGCUGUGUGGCACACAGUGUGCUGCGCAGCCGAAACCCCAGCAAGGUGCUUCUGAGUGAGAGGUGGGUGCUGGGCAGUGGUGAAGGCUCCCGUGGUGUCCCUGCAGCUGUGCGGGGAGAUGUGGCACUUGGGGAGGGGAUGCUGAUGUCACCAGGGAGUUGCUCUGAGGAGCAGCCUCUGCUUUAGAGUAAGGGCACGGAGCAACGAGUGCAGGGAUGGCGGUUUUACCAGGGAAUGGCUGUGCCAGUGGGCAGGCUGGGGGCAGAAACUGUGCAGGGUGGCACAGCGCAACGCGAGGGUUGUUCCUGAUGCCGGCUGGAGAAAGGAGUGACAAGGAGCUUUGAAAGGCUGUGGAGGGAGAGCCUGAGGGGCGGCAGAGCCAUCCCAGCCCACAGCAGGCACCCGUAUAGCGACAAGGAGCCACAUCAGCCGUCGGGGUGGCCGACGGCCGUCUACAGCUACAUAACCCAGCGCUACGCGACGUCACGGAUGGGCACGGAGCCGGGAGCGCGGGAGCAGCCUCUGGGUGACACGCAUGGCUCGGAGCCACCCGGGGUGCCGUCCGGCGGGACCCGCGCUCCCGGGUGAGGAGCGCCCUCCCUUCCCCCCCAUUUCCC